AUGAAUAUCCCACCAGGCUUCCCCCACCAACCGCCCCAGCCUGCACCUUCACAAGAGAAUGAGCUCAAGGCAAUGCUAAAGCAACUACUUCAAGGGCAAGCUGAUGGGGUAGUGGACACAAGCAAGAAGCUAGCUGAAAUAAACUCUAAGAUCGAGAACCUCAACACAAGGGUUUACUCUCUGGAGAAUCAUGCUUCUUCUGUUGCUGCUGCUACAAAGCAAGGACAACUACCUGGUAAAGCUAUUCAGAACCCCAAGGAACAGUGCAAGGUCAUCUUCACUCAAGAAGGACUUGUUGAAGAAGAGGAUCAAGAAAGGGUCAUUGAAGAUUUUUGUUUACUGCUGAAUGAUGAAGAGAUUGUUGCUGCUGAGGCUCCUGGAGUCCAGAUUGAUCAACCAGAAGUGCAUGCACCUACUGUGGCCAUUCACACUUCACCAGUUGAGCUCGCACGACAAGCUCGAUCGGCAGCUCGAUCGAGUCCAACUCUAGCUCGAUCGAGUCCGACCUCUUCUGUCCGACAGCCUGUUUUGCUUGAUCCUUAUCAACCGGUUGCCGCUUCCUCGUCUCGCCUACUUAGUCAAGGUCACAAGGAAGUGAUUCACAAGUUCAGAAGAGAUCUCAGUGGGAUUGGAAUUGAGUUGCCUACUAUGGAUAGCAUGAGUGAGGCAUUUGAUCAAAUGCAAAUGGUCAAGGAUGUUCUAGCCAACAGUGAUAAAGUUUCAGAGGUCCUACAAGAGUCUACUCAUCAGUUCAACCUGCUUACUUCACCCACCUUCCUACCAAAGGUCAAGGAUCAAGGGAAAUUCACUCUCCCUUGCACACUUGGGCAUCUUGAGAUUGACAAUGCCUUAGUGGAUUCUGGAGCAAGCAUCAAUCUGAUCUCUCUCUCCAUGGCAGAGAAGCUAGGCAUUGCUGGAGCCUUGCAGCGCCCUACUACUUCAAUCAUGUUUGGAGAUGCAACUUCUAAGUCUCCUCUUGGAGUGUUCAAGAACUAUCACUUGAAAAUUGGAGAAUGCAUCAUCCAAACUGAUCUCACUGUGAUGGAAAUGGAAGAAGAGAAGGAUUUGCCUUUGCUAUUGGGAACCCCUUUCCUUAGUACAGUUGGCGCUUCAAUGACUUUCACAAGCAAGAAUACCAAUCUCAGUUCUAAGAGUCAUGGAGCUACAAAGGUUGUGAAGGAAAGGGUUGACAAGGAACCAAGAGUUGGGAAGGAUAAGGAUGAGAGAGGACCAAGGAUUGAGAAGCCACGUCUUGAGAGGGCUAGAGUUGAGAAACCACGAUCUGAUAGGCCAAGAGCUGAGCGACUUGUUCAAGCCCCUUGUGUGCUUGAUGAAGAGAGCCUUCAAGCUUUGUUUGAUGAGCCACUAGGAAGGGCUCUACAAGAAGGGGAGGAUGCAGCCUCUAAGGCAAGACCAGGAGAUAAAAGAAAGGAUCCACCAGCUCAGGCCCCUUCAGUCAAGCCAUCUCAGCUCACAAUGACUUUGUUCCCCACCAAGUUUGAAAAUGGGAAGAUUGAGUACAAGAUAAGGUACAAGGGGAGAUCAAGGCCAUUCUCUAGAGCCAAGGCCUUGGUGACUUCAGAACAGUCCAGGGACCCAACCAAGCUAAAGGAGCUUCUGUCUCAAGUCCUCACUAUCACCCUUGAUGGUGGGACUAGCUCAACCAAUGCCUAA